CAGAUUGGUUCUUUGUUUUCCCCUCUCGUGUCCGAGCAGUUCAGUCAAUCAUCGUACGAUAUACCCUUUCUCUUCGCAGAUCAGUAACCUACGAAAAAUCACCAUUAUCUCAAACGUCAAGCGUCGCCAGCUACGAUGCUCCGGUCCCUCCUGUCGCGCGGCGGCCUGAUUCGCAACGACGACUACAUCUUCCCCAGCGUGGAUCCCACGCAAGACGGGCCCGACUGCAAGCAAGACUGCGCCGACUGCACGGUACAAUUCCCGUCGAAGGUGAAGGUCGAGACCUCCCGGCCGCUGUACGGCCACAUCAAAGAAUUCCACACGCACGUCCUAGUCGCGACAGGGAAGUCGGACUGGACGGAACAUGUCGAGAACGAGAAGGGAUCGCUCAUGGAGGCGUUUGAUGCUUCCUCCAACCAGUCAAAGCACGGGCGCAUGAUGAUCUCGGCCUCGAAUCUCCAGUCCCACCACGAGGAGGAAGAAAACGAAAACAACGGGACCACCAUCCUCCUCCUCCCGUCCUUCACCUUCCUCGACUCCGUGCACAAAGCCGAUGUCCGCGAGGUCGUAGACCGAUACAUCGACGCCCCGCUCUCCAACAAAGGCCUUGUGGCCCACGAUCCCGCCUCGCAACUCUCCCCGCGACCAUGCCAGUACGACUACGUGGUGCUGCUCUGCUCACACCGCCGGCGCGACGCGCGCUGCGGGAUCACCGCCCCGCUGAUCAAGAAGGAGCUGGAGCGACACCUGCGGCCGCUGGGACUGUACCGCGACGCGAACGAUGAGCGGCCCGGCGGCGUGGGCAUCUUCUUCGUCUCGCAUGUCGGCGGCCACAAGUUCUCGGCCAAUGUGCUGGUGUACCGGAAGGCGCAGGAGCAGAUGAUCUGGCUGGCCCGGAUCCGGCCAGAGCACUGCGCGGGCAUCGUCAAGUACACGCUUCUGCAGGGGAAGGUGGUGCAUCCUGAAUCUCAGUUGCGGGGUGGGUUUGAUCGAUGUCGUGGUGUGACGAGUUGGUGAUAGAUGUUGUUUUCUUGCUCUUUCAAGAUAGAAUUAAUGAUCAUGAUUAAAUUUGUAUACUUAGCUAAUACCCAAUCAAGUCA